AGGACAGACGUCGGGCCCGCGACGGGCUGUGCGCGAGGUCGGCGGCGCGAGAUCUGUGGCCCUGUCCGCGUGGCCUCAGGCUCUCGCUGUCACUACUUCCCAGUGCAUGAGGGUGCCUGGACCGCGGUGGUACGAGGGCACUAGGGAGUGGCUGCAAAGCCCGUGCGGCCAGAGGUGACCGAGUCGGUGACCCUUGAAUUCGGUCCUCCGGGAUCCCCGCGCUCCAUUCCCAGAAGUCCUCGCGCAGCGAGGUCUCUCUUCAAAGGAGUUGGGCCCGGGCUCCCGGAGCGUGCGGGGCGCCCAGCUUUGCGGGGCCUUCCUUGAACCCCUGCUUUCUCCCCGCCAACCCCGAUUCCCUUGGUUCCAGACAAGGAGAGGAACCCUCAGGACGCUGUGUAGCUUUGCUAAACCUCCCUGCGCGAGGCUGGACUUUGGGAGGAAGCAAGGCAGGCUGGACAGAAAACCCAAGCACAGAGAGAACCGCAGGAGCACCUCCCACAGAACUAUCCAGUUUGACGUGAACUAUUUGGAGCUUCAGUGCCACCUGACAGAAAACUUCAUGCCAAGAAAGGAACAGCCACUGUGCAGAAUCUGAUCCAUGAAAACAUAGGUUUGUUAAGAGACCAACAUGUGCUCUCCUGCAAGUCCCAAAAUCCUAUACAGGAAUCCCCGGUUCCUCCGGUUGGCUUUUCUGCAGCUUCAUCACCAGCAACAGAGUGGUGUGUUCUGUGAUGUCCUUCUGCAGGCAGAAGGUGAGGCAGUACCAGCCCACUGCUGCAUCCUGUCCGCCUGCAGCCCUUUCUUCACAGAGCGCCUGGAGCGGGAGAGACCAGCUCAAGGUCGGAAGGUGGUGUUGGAGCUGGGGGGCCUGAAAAUCAGGACACUUAGGAAGCUGGUGGACUUCCUGUAUACCUCAGAGAUGGAAGUAUCUUGUGAAGAAGCCCAGGAUGUGCUUUCUGCUGCCCGUCAGCUCCGUGUAUCUGAGCUCGAAUCCCUUCAGCUCGAAGGUGGGAAGUUGGUAAAAGCCCCUCAGGGACGAAGGCUGAACAGGGAGUGCCUACAACCUCCAACUACUGCACCAAUCUCUGCCAGGGUGGUGGCAUCCAACCGCCGCCCUCGAACUCCACUGCCUGUUACCCAGACACCCUGUCCUCUUGGGGCAGUGAGAUUGAAGUCCUCAGGGAAGGAGGAGGGGCCCCAAGAGAAGAGCAACCGACAGAAUACAGAGAACUUGUCUGGCACUCUCUUGCUCAAGAGGAAGGCCAGAGCCUGCCCAACUCCUCAAGAAAAAAGCUCUUCACCAUCAAGCCACAGUCAGGGACCUCAGAACAAGACUGGCCCUACCCUUGGUCCUACAGCACUUUCCCCACCCAGCUUGUACCCCUCUAUGGAUGAGCGACUCUUGCCCAGAAAGAUCAGGUUAAGUCGUUCAAAGCCACCUCCUGACGUCUGUACAUCCAAGCCUGCCAGUCUUUUAAGUGGACCCAGCUCAGUGCCCACAGCCCCUGGCCGGCGUCUUUGGCGGCAGAAGAGUGUAAAUAAAGAAGCACCAGAGGACAAGCAGAAAACAGGGCAAGCCAGUCCUCUCCAGAGCACCCCAAGCCCAUCUGGUCUUGGAAAGGCUUGUGGGAGCAAGAAGCGGAGCCCUGAAGUCAGAGCACCUACCUUGGACUCUGCAGAGGAGGGGCAGGUUGGGAGAGUGAAACUUCGCAAGGUUGUCAACGGAACCUGCUGGGAGGUCGUGCAAGAGCCUCCUCUCAAAAACUCUCAAGGCAGCCCUCAGAUCCCAGCACCCGAGGACCUGGAAGAGCCUCCAGGGACUCAGCCAUCCUCAGUUAACGAGGAGGAAAUGUCAUCUGCUAGAACAGACCCGUGCGAGGACUCCCCCGUGUGCUCUAGGCUGCGAGACAUUCUGCUCUCUGCCAGCUGUUCCCCAGACCAUCCCGUGGUGAAGUCUGAGUUUGGGUCCAGUCCAGAGCUGGUAGGGAAAGGACCUGGAUUGGAUACUGACUGCAGAGAGCCCUACGCAUUUGACACAGCCUUGCUUGGGCAGCCCUGUGAAGCUGAGGAGUACCGAAUCACAAGUGCUGCUGCCACCAGCGAGCUGGAGGAGAUCCUGGACUUCAUGCUCUGUGGCUCAGACAUCGAGCCACCCAUAGGGUCAAUGGAGAGCCCCCGGGCUGAGGGCUGCAGGACCCCUAGUUAUCACCUGACAGAAACAGGAAAGAACUGGAUCGAAGGGCAAGAAUGGUGUUUGCCAGACACCGAGCUCUGGCCCAGGGAGCUCACAGGAUUGGAAAAGGAACCUGUUGGUGAGAACAAAGGGCCAAUUGAGCCUUUUAGCCCCCUUGUCAUGCCCUCUGAGAACAAAGAGCCAGUUGAACCUCUGAGCCCCCUUGUCAUGCCCUCUGAGAUGAGUGAAGGGGAGGUGCUCUCUGUGGAAGGCUCUUGGACUCCAGAUCUGGAAAUUACCCGCUCCCAGCCACUGGAUGGUCAGAGAGACAAGCUACUCCACAUUGACUCCCUUGACCCCCCUCCACAAAGGUGCUAUGGGGACCUCUCGCCUCCUUGUUCAAACUGGGUAGAGACUGGGCUGGACAUGUCCCUAACUAUGGAUGAAGUAUUAUACCCUGCUCCAGAGGCAGGCAAGGAGGCAUCUGGCAACUCUGAGUUGUUGGGUCCACCUCCUGCCAGCCCUGAAGAGGAAGAGAUUGAUGUGGUAGACUGGACCUCAGAGGGGACUGUGCCCACGAGUAUUCCCUCUGUAUGGCCCGACCCUUCCUCAGAGUCAGAAACAGAGGUGGACAUUCUAACGUAGUGGAAUGGCAAGGGCAGAGUGGAGGUGCUGGGAGGGUGGGGAUGUUGCCUCCACGAAAGGUAUGCUGACAAGCUAGCACAGACCCUGUGCCCACAAGAGGCAGGUGUGCCCCUAGCUCGCCCCCCUGCCCCCAACCUGGCCUUUCGGAGCCAGGCGGAAAUAGCUCCACAGGUCAAAAAUUAUGAAUUUGAACCACUUUGCUUCUUUAUAAUCCAUUUCCCACUUAGUGACAAACAACUGAAACAAUAAACUUUGUGGUCACCAGCUCCAU